GUGCGGAUGGCUCUGAAGAACGCCGAGAAGGAGCUGGAGUCCCACUGCAGCUGGGCUGCGCCCGAGGCCCUGCAGAAAUGGCUCCAGCUGACCCAUGAGGUGGAGGUCCAGUACUACAACAUCAAGAAACAGAACGCAGAGAAGCAGCUGCUGGUGGCCAAGGAGGGGGCUGAAAAAAUUAAAAAGAAGCGAAACACCCUGUUUGGAACAUUUCAUGUUGCUCACAGCUCAUCUCUAGAUGAUGUUGAUCAUAAAAUCUUAACGGCAAAGCAAGCUCUGAGCGAAGUGACAGCCGCGCUGCGGGAGCGUCUGCAUCGCUGGCAGCAGAUAGAGCUGCUCUGCGGCUUCCAGAUCGUCAACAACCCAGGCAUCCACACCCUGGCAUCAGCCCUUAACAUUGACCCCAGCUGGAUGGGCACCCCACGGCCCAACCCCUCACACUUCAUCAUGACGGAUGACGUGGACGAUUUGGAUGAAGAGCUGGUGUCUCCCAUGUCCAUACAAUACGCAGCCUGGCUUUUCGGGCGCAGGUUCAGUGACCGCUCGUCUCUGUCCUCGGAGGAUCAGUCCCUCUGGAAAUACCCUGCUCCUGCCUUGCCCAGCACAGUUCGCCAGCGCCUGGUGGACCCCCAGCACGGCCACGGAUCUCAGAGGUUGGUAGAGAGUUAUGUGCAAGGCCAGAAUGAGUCGGGCCAACCUGCUCUUUACCGGGCAGGCAGAGUCUCUCUCCGUCGAAUGCACAGCCUCUCCUCUGGACAGUCUUUCAGUUCUGACCUUCCCAGCACCAGCCCGUCAUCUCCUGCUGCCGCCACCUCUUCCACCUCUUCCUCCUCAUCCACCACCACUGCAUCUGCUCCUGCUUGCCAUGUCCACCCUGUCUAUUACCAUCACACCACCUCCUCUUAUUUCCUUCAGAUGGACUCCAUCCCUGAUCUACCCCCUCCUGAUGUCACCUCUGGAGUUCGCUGUCGCACUGAGAGCUCUGG